GUACUGUCCUUUCUUAUAUAUGUUUACCUACGUGUGAAACCUUUUGAAUUUAAAAAAAAAAAAAAAAUAUAUCGUGAUGUUGCUUGAUGUUUUUUAAAGUGUUUAAAUUUUUGGAUAAAUCUACUUUCUAAGCAAUAAUGGCAAGAUGGUUCCACUCGAUGGUACUUAUCUUCAUAAUCCAGACCACCAACUUGGAAACCAACAAAAACACUUGCCAGACCCAUUUCAGCGUGCUGAACUGGCCGCAGCUGACUUGCACCAACGUCAACAGCGAAUAUUUCCAGCAUUUUACGUCUUCCUUGAACAGAACCCAUUGGAUCAAGUGUCUGAAUUGCACUCUAAAUGUAAUCGAUGAGAGAACUUUUGGGUUUACGAGAAAUAACGUUAGUUUUUUAGAGUUGCAGCACUGUCAAGUUGAGGCUGUGAAAAAAUUUGGUUUCAAAAUUUUCUUUUUGCUGAAGUUACUUAAUUUACGAUCUAAUUGUAUUAAUUAUUUGGAACCCAAAUGUUUUUCAAACUUGAAACGUUUAUUGCAUUUAGAUUUAAGCGUAAAUUAUUUAAACAUUUUAACUAACAACCUAUUUUCUGAUUUAGUUAAUUUGGAUAUAUUGAAUUUAAACAAAAACGAAAUAUUUUAUAUUCAGCCUUAUGCAUUUAGUGGAUUAAUUAAUCUCAAAUAUUUAUAUUUGAGUCAUAAUCGUUUAAGAAAAAUCGAGGAUAGGAUGUUUAAGGAUUUACAAAACCUGAAAAUAUUAUAUCUUGAACAUAACGAUAUAUUCGAAUUGCACCAACACGCUUUCGUAAACCUAAAAAAUUUGCAUUACUUGUAUUUAAACAAUAACAGUAUUAAUUAUUUAGUACAAUAUAAUUUUAAACCGUUGAAUAAUUUAGUAGAUUUACAACUAAGAUUAAAUAAUUUAAGCGAAAUUCAAGUCAGUUCCUUUAACGGCCUAAAAAAUCUUAAAUUUUUGUAUUUGGGACAAAAUCAAAUACAUACAAUUAAACCCUAUGGAUUUAUAGGCUUAGAUUCUUUAAUUAUUUUAGAUUUAGGCUACAACAAUUUCACUGAAAUUGAAUUAAAUUAUUUCCAAAUUAAAAACCUACAUAUAUUAUGGCUCCAUAGUAAUUUUAUUAAAAAUAUAAUUAUUGUAAAUAAUAAUAACGCCGAAGUACAAAAUGCUUUAGAAGUAUUAGACUUAAGUUAUAAUCAGUUGAGCGAAUUCAAUUUUAAACUAUUGAGUAGCAAAAUGCCAAAUAUAAAAGAAAUUGUUCUUGUAAAUAAUUCUUUUAGCUGUGAUUUUUUUACAAACAUGUAUAGUUACUAUGAAGCGAACAAUGUUUUAGUUUGCGCAACUCAAAGUUGUAAUUCCAACAGUACCGAGGCCUAUAUUGAUUCUUUAUGCUUCAAAACCACAACAACUGAUGAUACUUUAACGAAUGUAACUGAUGAUUUUAUAUCAAUUAAUUGCGCUUCUAAUUUUAAACUUUAUAUCUGUUUCCGUAUCGCUUUGUUUCUAAUAUUAUUUUAUUGUUAACUUGUUUUUGAAUUUUAGCUUUACUUUUUUUUAAUUUAUUUUAUUAUAUUUUCUACCUCAUUAUUUAUUUUUGGUUUUUGUUUGCGCGUGAUGAAUAAAAUUAGCAUUUUAUUGCAGG